CCGGAGACCUGGCAGCGGAGCCCACGCGGGGGUUGCCAGGAGAAGGCGGAGCGCUAACGGUCCUAACGCUACCGGCGGUCGUACCCCGUCGCUGCCGUCCCCCCGGCCGCUGUUGCCCUCCCUGCCUAGCUUCUACUGGUCUCCUUCUGCCAAGGGUGGUCGGCACUGGAUCUCUCCCCACAUCCCUCCCUCGAGGCGCCAGGUGUCGCCUGAAGCCAGACAGCCGGUUUGGGAGCGAGCCUGAGUAUCUAUUGAACACUGAGUUCCAGGCACUGGGCUGGACAUCGCGAUGGUGUAGUGAGCAAAAACUGACCCUUCCUGCCGUGGAGUUUGCUGGGGGAGGCACAUGUUACUCGAAGAAUCACACCAACCAUAGAAAAUGGCUCAGACAGAUGAGCAAAGAUGCAUCCCGCCGGAGCUGCCGGAAAUGCUGAAGAAGUUUGCCAGAGCGGCCAUCCUGGCGCAGCCGCAGGACCUCCUCCAGUUUGGGGUCGAUUAUUUUGAGGGCCUGUGCCGUGGAAAGAGUUCUCCGGUGAGAGAGCAGUCUGAUCAAGUCGGUUUGUGUAACUGGGCAGAAUUAACACCUGAGCUGUUAAAGACCCUGCAUUCUCGGGUUGCUGGCAGACUGAUCAUCCACGCAGAUGAGCUGGCCCAGAUGUGGAAGGCGCUGAAUCUUCCAACAGAUCUGUUUAAUAGUGUGAUGAACGUGGGUCACUUCACGGAGGAGAUCGAGUGGCUGAAGUUUUUAGCCCUCGCUUGCAGCGCUCUGGGAGUUACUAUCACCAAAACUCUCAAGAUAGUGUGUGAGGUCUUAUGUGACCAUGAUGGUGGGCCACCCCGGAUACCUUUCAGCAUGUUCCAAUUUCUCUACACGUAUAUUGCCAAAGUGGAUAGGGAGAGCUCUGCAUCACAUGUCAGCCGGAUGCUAAGCUACAUUCAGCAGGAAGUAAUUGGUCCUGAUGGUAUAAUCACAGUGAAUGACUUUACCCAAAACCCCAGGGUUUGGCUGGAGUAAAAGCACAAUUUUGGCAAUUUUAAGGGAAGAUACAGAGAUGCCUGUACUUCAGAAUGACUGAAACCCAUAUACCCUCCAAAAUCAAUUUUCUUGUACAACUGGUACACACGAAUAAACCAUUAAAAAUAUGAAAUCAGAAA